AUGGAGCAUGUCGACCACCAAACCGAAUCCCAAUCUCCCGCCAAGGAAAGAAUCAUCAAGAAAUUGAAGUCCAAGUUCUUCACAAAGGACAAGAAGUCUCUUGUUGAACCUUCUUCCCCCAUCCAUGAGAGUCACAUUGAAACUACCUCUCCCGGACUGCCCCCCGCGGAUAGAGCUACCUCCAUCGACUACCUGACCCAGACUGAACGCCGCUCUUCCGUCUCAUCAAUCGACUCCUCUCCCGGCCUCCCUACUGACUCCAUCCCAGACCAGGGCGAUGAGUCCCUUCAGCGCUACAAAGAGUCCCUCGGCCUCGGCGGCGGUGGCAAGGACCUCUCCGACCCCAACGACCCCCGUGUCUGCAUCAUCGAGUCCCUGAGCAUGCAGUCCCCGGGUCGCGGUCCCGUCACCAUUGACCUCUCCACACCCGGUUCCGAGAAGACCCUCAAGGAUAAGCCCUUCAAGAUCAAGGAGGGCGCCACGUUCUCCAUGACGGCCAAGUUCCGCGUCCAGCACGAGAUUCUCAGCGGACUGCAGUACGUGCAGAUUGUCAAGCGCAAGGGUAUCCGUGUUUCCAAGGACACGGAGAUGCUGGGCAGCUUCGCUCCCAACACAGACAAGACGCCCAUCUACACCAAGACUUUCCCCGAAGAGGUCGCUCCCUCGGGCAUGCUCCUGCGCGGCACCUACUACGCCUUCACGAGCUUUGUCGACGACGACAAGAAGGUUCACCUGGCUUUCGAGUGGAGUUUCGACAUUGCCAAGGACUGGUAGAGGGCCAGACGCAAACAACGAACUGAUGACGACGGGACCGAGGAGGGAAAAAGACGAUGACACGCAAAUGACUUGGCCAUGACGGCCUAUUCAGCAUGGGCUGUUGUCACUUUCCUGUUUUCGGAAAGAAGUCCUUCGCUUGCUUUUACUCACUUACGAAUCAAUGCGAUGAAAUGC